AUGACUUAUAGCGAUCAAACUGACGAUGUAUUAGGUACCAUGUAUGUGAUUCACGCGUCUAUCACAGAAUAUCUGAUCAUAUUCGGAACACCUAUGGGGACGGAGGGCCACACGGGACGACACACGGCAGACGACUACUUUAAUAUUUUGGUGGGAGAGCAAUGGGCCGCAAAGGCCGGUGCAUUAGAGAUGGAGGUGUACCCCGCUGGGUCGGUCCAUCACCUACGAAGAGGGGAGGUGAAGCAAUACAAGAUGCAUCGUGGCUGUUUUGCGCUUGAAUACGCUCGUG